AACCCGAGUGGCGCUACGCCAAAAAGAAAUGGGUUCCCGUUUCGGAACAGCAGCACUGCAGUCUGCACACUCUGCAGCAGCGGUCAAUUCCGGCGCCUCGGGUGGGGGCGGUAAACCGGCUCAGUCCACCUACGUCUUUACCUGCGUGUUGGCGACGGAGGCGGAGAUGGGGGAGGCGGCGUGAACCCGCGAACCUUGCAGCGCGGCGGCGAGCGAGCCCUGAGCCGGAGGGAGCCUGGGACAGCUGGGGUUGCUGCUACCAUGAUCAGUUUAUGUAUGUUUUCUCGCCAGGCAAGUUUUACCAAGAAACUCCAUUGAUGCUACAGUUAGAAUAGAAGGAAGAUGGAGCUUCUCAGCAUCGUCAUAAUUGUGUCUCUGCUCCGGUUUUCUGCAUCUGAUCGUCAAGGUGAUGCACUAUAUGAUAUGAAGCUGAAACUGAAUGCUACUGGCAGUCAGCUUUCUGACUGGAACCAAAAUCAAGUUAACCCCUGCACUUGGAAUUCUGUUAUUUGUGACAGUAACAACAAUGUUGUGCAAGUAACAUUGGCUACUAUGGGAUUUACUGGAGUUCUGUCAUCAAGAAUUGGAGAGCUCGAAUAUUUGAAUGUUCUGUCCUUGCCUGGUAACAAAAUCACCGGUGGCAUACCAGAGCAGUUUGGCAACCUCUCUCGUUUGACAAUCUUAGAUUUGGAAGAGAACCUGUUGGUUGGGCCAAUACCAGCUUCUCUUGGCCAGCUUUCAAAGCUCGAGCUUCUGAUACUGAGUCAGAACAAUCUCAAUGGAUCUAUUCCUGAUACGCUAGCAGGCAUCUCAAGCUUGACAGACAUUCGGCUAGCUUACAAUAAGCUAUCUGGUCAAAUACCUGCUCAACUGUUUCAAGUUGCACGUUACAAUUUUUCAGGUAAUAACUUGACUUGUGGAGCAAAUUUCCUCCAUCCUUGUGCCUCAAAUGUGUCUUACCAAGGUUCAUCCCGUGGUUCGAAAAUAGGCAUUGUGUUUGGAACAGUUGGAGGAGUGAUGGGGCUAUUCAUCUUAGGGUCUCUAUUUAUUAUCUGUAAUGGAAGGAGGAAAAGCCAUCUACGUGAAGUUUUUGUGGAUGUAUCAGGUGAGGAUGAUAGAAGAAUCGCAUUUGGCCAGUUGAAAAGAUUUGCAUGGCGAGAAUUGCAACUUGCAACUGACAAUUUCAGUGAGAAAAAUGUUCUUGGACAAGGGGGGUUUGGGAAAGUAUAUAAAGGAGCACUUCCAGAUGGUACUAAGAUUGCUGUAAAACGGUUAACUGAUUAUGAAAGUCCUGGUGGAGAGGCUGCCUUUUUGCGUGAAGUCGAGCUGAUUAGCGUUGCAGUUCACCGGAAUCUUUUAAGAUUGAUUGGCUUCUGUACAACACAAACAGAGCGCCUACUUGUUUAUCCUUUCAUGCAGAAUCUUAGUGUGGCCUACCGUGUACGAGAAUUUAAACCUGGGGAACCAAUAUUAUAUUGGUCUGCAAGGAAGCGAGUGGCUAUAGGCACAGCACGUGGACUGGAGUAUCUGCACGAGCACUGCAAUCCUAAGAUUAUACAUCGUGAUGUCAAGGCUGCCAACGUCUUGCUUGAUGAAGAUUUUGAACCGGUUGUUGGUGAUUUUGGCUUGGCCAAGCUGGUGGAUGUACAGAAGACAUCUGUGACUACUCAAGUCCGUGGAACUAUGGGUCACAUUGCACCUGAAUAUCUGUCCACAGGAAAGUCAUCUGAGAAAACGGAUGUUUUUGGUUAUGGCAUAAUGCUUCUUGAACUAGUAACAGGACAGCGUGCCAUCGACUUUUCACGCUUGGAGGAAGAAGACGAUGUGUUGUUGCUUGAUCAUGUCAAGAAGCUGCAACGAGAAGGGCAUCUAGACGCCAUCGUCGACCGCAACGUAAACAGUAAUUACAACGGGCAGGAGGUUGAGAUGAUGAUCCAGGUUGCGCUGCUCUGCACCCAAGCCUCGCCCGAGGAUCGCCCGUCCAUGUCCGAGGUCGUCCGGAUGCUCGAAGGGGAGGGCCUGACCGAGCGGUGGGAAGAGUGGCAACAGGUUGAGGUGACGAGGCGGCAGGACUACGAGCGGAUGCAGCAGCGGUUCGACUGGGGCGAGGACUCCAUUUACAACCAGGACGCAAUCGAACUAUCCGCUGGCAGAUAAGGACCUCACAGUCAAAUGUAGCUUGUCGUUGCAGUGCUAACAUAUAUUGCAAUCUUGUGAAACUUGUUAGCAAAUUUUCUGCUACUUCGUGUGAUGUGUAUAAGGAUGUUUUUUUUUAUAUCAUCCUUGCACAGGGGCCAUGAUAAUUUUGUUUGUAUCGUUCUAAUUAAGACAUUGAAAGGUCUUAUCCUUAGUGUGCAAAUAUACAUAUCUUACUUAA